CGAAGCUAAACUUUAAAGGUACUAAAUGUGAAACAGAAAGCUCUGGGUUCUCCUGCUGCUUUAUUUAUAAUCAUUCAAACUAGUUCGAUCUUUUUUGAUCGUUUGUAAAGCACACAUUUAUCUUCGUUACUGUGUCUGUUCCUAAAUGUCUGAGGGCUCUAAAGGCAGAGUUAACACCGAUGAAGAUACACAAGAUCGCCCAUGCAGCUCGGGAUGGAAGCUGGAGUACAUGAGUGGAGAUUUGUUCACCUGUUCUGUCACAGACGCCCUGGCACACUGUAUCAGUGAAGACUGUCGUAUGGGAAAAGGUAUAGCUGUGCUCUUCAAGAGGAAAUUCGGUGGAGUUGAAGAGCUUCUAGCUCAGGGUAAGCAUCCAGGACAGUGUGCUGUUCUCAAAAGAUCCGGUCGGUUUGUGUAUUACCUGAUUACAAAGCAAAAGUACAACCAGAAGCCCACAUAUGACACUCUCAAAAAUAGCCUUGCGACAAUGAGAGAACACUGCUUGGCCAACAGGGUUAAGAAAAUAUGCAUGCCUCGGAUUGGCUGUGGACUCGAUAAACUGGAAUGGUCAAAAGUUUCUUCCAUUAUUACUGAAGUCUUCCAGAACACAGAUGUUUCCAUCACUGUCUAUUCAAUAGACCAAAGCAAGUCUAAAACUCGUGUUCUUAAAAAAUGAUACCCGUGGAAUUUAAAAAUUUCCCUCUAGUUUUCACUAUUUUAUUUGUCCCUUUGUUAUUUUGGGUGGGACGGUUGUAGGUAUCUAAGAAUAAACACUAAUGUAUAAUGGG